GGAAAGCAAGUGCUAGGCAAACCACGCAGUCGGAAACUUAGCGCGGUAAAGAGCGGUAGUUGAAGAAGUAGUUCUUAAGAUAAAACUCGAGUUGCAUUAUCUGUUAAGUACGGGAAAAAGUGUCUAAUAUUGACAAUUUUUUUGAAGAGACAGUAAUUAAGAAUUCUGCUCGCAUGAUAAAAUCUUUUAAUAUUCUGCAUGUAACAGUUUAAACAGAUAAAUAAAAUGACUGACUGAAACAAAAUGGACAUGACUUAAAGAAAAUGACAUAAGUUAAAGAAAUGAUGCUUUGGAUUUUACUUUUCUGCAAUUCAUUCGGACAUGUCAUUCUUAUUCCAGAAGCAAUUCAAAUGUUACGAAAUGAAGAAAAUUCUAAAGAGUAUACUUUGUUUGAAAAGUAAAUGCAAUUUAAGACGCAACUUUCCUUUCCUCGACGAGAGAAAAUGUUUCAAAAUCAUCUGUUUCCUUCUUUUUUGAUUAUGGAAAAGCCUUCUACAUCCGAAUUUAGUUAAAUGUGAACAUUUAUUGUUUUCGCUAUAGUCCUAAUUUUCAUCAAAAUAUGAAAGGAAAUAAAAGCAGAAUCUAGCUUCUCGAUUUCUAAUUUUAAAUCAAGUAUAUUCUAAAGAACGCUGUUAUCAAACAGAAAUCUGAAAAAAAUAACCAAACAUUGAAUGCAAUUAUACUGACUGGAAAAUUUUGAAAUGGUUAUCUGUUUUCAUUUUUCAUAAGACUAAGACUUUCAAAGCUAAAAUUAAAGUACUGAUUAUGUUUUGUUGACAAAAAGAAUUUUAUUGACUGGAUAUUAUGGAAAUAGCAAAUCGCUUAGCUUUUAGUAUAUGAAAAUUUCAUGCAUAUAAAUUUGUUAAAACCAACCUAGAUUCAAUAUUUUUUAAUCAUUUAAUUGAAAUACAGACCAAAAUGUCAGAAACGAAUGACAAUAAUUCCCCAACGGCUACUGAAGCAAGUAUGUUGUACUUGUGGACAACAAUGGUAAACAUAUCCAACGUCACUCACUCAUCCGAACAAAGCGCCCUGUUUUAUAACGACACAUUUUUCGAUGACGACAUUCAAGUUCCAAAAGCUGUCGAAGCACUCAUGUAUAUAAUGUACAUAGUGAUAUCCGUGGCUGCUAUUGGUGGAAACUUAACAGUGUGCUAUAUAGUGUUCGCAUAUCAAAGAAUGCGAUCUGUCACAAAUUUUUUCAUCGUCAACUUGGCAAUCGGAGACAUAUUGAUGGCCAGUCUUUGCAUACCUUUCGGAUUCGUCUCGAACUUGCUUUUGCAGUAUUGGCCAUUUGGUGCUGUCAUGUGCAUAGUGGUCAGUUAUGCUCAAGCGGUCUCUGUUUUCAUCAGCGCAUACACCCUGGUAGCUAUCAGCAUCGACAGAUACAUUGCCAUCAUCUAUCCGUUGAGACCUAGAAUGACCAAACUUCAAGCAAAGUUGAUUAUAGUGCUGGUGUGGUUUGUAGCUCUGUUGACCCCUUUGCCGACAGCACUCAUGUCGAAACUAGAUCAACCUCAAGAGUGGAUUGAGCGCAAUCUGACAGACCGGUACACUUGCAUGGAGGAUUGGGAAUCAAAUACUCACAGAUAUCAUUACAGCAUGGCCUUGAUGGUGCUUCAAUAUUUCUUUCCUUUGGCUGUUUUGAUCUACACAUACACUAGAAUAGCAGUUGUUGUUUGGGGUAAGCGUGCUCCCGGUGAAGCUCAAGAUGCCAGAGAUCAAAAGUUGGCAGCUUCGAAACGUAAAAUGAUAAAAAUGAUGAUAACAGUCGUUUCUGUGUUCACUCUGUGUUGGCUACCGCUUAACACUCUCAUAGUUGCGGGUGAUGAGCAUGACGUCAUCUGGCAGUUUGAGCAUAUACACUACGUCUGGUUUGUGUGCCAUUGGUUAGCUAUGAGCAGUGCGUCCUACAAUCCUAUCAUCUAUUGCUGGAUGAACUCCAAAUACAGAGAUGGAUUUCGUCAAGUCUUCAGCAAACUUUUCUGUAUUUCUGUUGAGAACAGUAAGUAUAGGACAUCUCUGAACAGAAAUGGUCUCAACAGAACUACAAUCUACACAAGUAUUCGUUCAUCUGGCAUUAGCAGAGACUCCAGUCUGAAAGGCUCCUUAAUAAUAAAAGGCUUAAAAGGCCAUUUUAGAACUGACAGCGGUGUUUCUUCUAUUUAUUCAGCUGAGCAGAAUGAAAGCUUGGCCAAAGCGCACUUAAAUGGUCAUUCAAAGGCAGACUCAGUGGUUUAAAUAUCUAAACCAGAGAUUCUCAAACAGUUUAUUCCAAAGGAUCUUAAAAAUUUGAGAAUUUCUUAUUGAUGUUCCAUUUUACUUUCGAAAUGUAAAUUAGAAUUCAGAUGUAAAAAAUAAAGCUAGAUCUGUAUUA